AUGCGGAGAGACGAUUGCAGCCGAGCCGAGCCACGUCGGCAUCGCCUCCCUCCUCUGCCCCACCACCCUGAAGCUUCAAAUGGCCUUUGCGCCGGCGUCGACCGUCAGCAGCCGCAUUCACCACUGCACUUUGCACAACCGCCUACAACUUCGGGCGCACCGUCAGCUCAUCGCCACCAGAGCGACAGCUUACAGCUGAGACCAGUGGGACGGGGAGACGCUGUAGACCGUGUCGCCGCUGAACUGCGCCAUACAGGCAUGAAACCGCUGCUGUCCCGCCGACUGUCUGCACCGCUCACCAACUCCUCGAGAGCGAAGGCACGCUCAUCAGAAUUUGCUCCAGGAGUCGCUGACGCUGCCGCCACUGUGGCCACGCUCAACUGUGGAGCGGCAUUGGAUGAGCAGCCGCCAGUAGCAGCUGAGCGUGCUCCGUCGUUCAAGCCACACCCUCCUCCCUCACUAACAUCGCCAGCAGAGGACGGUUUGCCGGGUCGAUAUCGCACGACCGCCAUGCAGUUUAUCAAAUCUAUAGAGCGGCUGAAUAACAUGACUUCCACGACGUGCAGCGCAGAUGCCACCUCAUUCUUCGCUCUGACCGAAGAGAGGACCGCGAGCGGCAAAGGCGGCGUUCGAAAGAUGGCACGUGUACCUCUGCUGCCCCUCACACUCUGCACGGACGGGGCAACCGUAAUACUUGUGGAUUCCAAUGGCACAGAACGACACGGCAACUACUUGAAAGCCGUCGACGGGUUCCACCAGUCCUCAGCAGCGCUCACGAGCGCCGCCUCGAGUCACGGCAGCGCCGCACCCUCUGUAUCACCACACCCGCCCUCGAACGUGCUGUGGUGGGCCUUGAAUGACCUGCAGCAGACGCCGUGUGCAGUACCACUCACCACGGCACGCGCGUCACUCUCCGUGGCGCACCUUAUCAGCGGCCACGAUAGCGGGAACAACGAUCCGAGCUUCACUCAGCUGAGGCCCAUGCACGCUGUGGGACGCAAGACUUUAUCAACCAUGUGGCCUGCGAAGACGACGGCGACGUUCGCCGCCAUUCAACCGAACCGGUUCACCCUUCGCUACGGAGAGCCGCUCGCGCUGGUCUUCGCCAGCGCCGGUGCACGAGCUGGAGACGAAGCACCGCGGCACCGCAUCAGGGGCGGCAGGGUUGGGGCUGAAGCGGCCGCGGACGUGCCUUCAUGGAUCACUGCCAAUGAGCGAGCCUGUCAGCGAGAAUGCACCCCCCACGUCGGCCACAACCUUCUGUGCGACGUAUACGACGGCUAUCUGCCAUCGUUUCUCGAGUUCCUCUACCCAAAUGGAGGCAUCAUGCUGCGUGGGUGUUGGUGUGCUGUAUCGACCAGUGCUGCGGAUGAACCAAUGGCACCGCCCGUGAAGCUGUUUUCCCAGCAACAGCAGCAGGUGUCACGAGCAACGGUAUCGUUAGGGGAUGGUGGCGGUGGAGCUGCGCCGCGUCCCUCGUCUCGCUCUCCCCCGUCACGAAGCGCACAGGAAUCGCUUGUCACAACGGUGCCGAUGCCACUCAUCGACUGGUCACCACAGUCCGCCGGCGCGGUGCUCAUCGCGCGCAGGGACGACGACGCCGGCGCAGUCAAUGCAGAAACGCUCAUGCAGUCUUUUCGACCAAACGCCGUGCCUCCACCACGGCGUUCGCCAGCUACGAACACUGCGGUCGACGGUGGUGAGACCACGUGCAAGCGGACGACGUUGCCAGACGCUGUCUUGCAGCUUCCGCCUGCUGUUCUGCGCUUCCUGGCACAGGGCGGCGACAGGGCGGCCUCGGCAAUCCUCCCGGUCGGCCCUCGCGCUUACCUGUCAUCGUCACCGCCGCCCCCUUCUCAGCCGACGGCAACGGCGGCAGCACCGUCCCUGCGGCUUACCCUGCGCCGCAUCGAAAGCCAUAGCGAACCGGAUGUGUGCCCCACUGACUUUGGCGCCGAUGAACCGGCCCCUGCCGCCUACGACUUCGACUCUUACCGUGUGCACGUCGGUGGGGACUUUCGUGGCAUCCAUGACCGCAACCUUCGAAGGUCGCAGCUGCAACAGCAGCGGCAAAAUCGCAACGUUUUUGGUCUCGUCUACGUGAGUGCCUUGCUUCGCAUGCCGUCUCAGCCACCACCACCGAUGGGCAUGGCUGGAAAGCCGUCAGUCGCGUGUGAGUCCGUCGUGGUGCUCACACCAGCUGGACGUGUCGAGCUGGUGGUGCCUGCGACAUCCCACGCCGCUGCUCGACCUAUCACGAUUACCGAUGUAAAGUAUAGUCUCUUGCGCAGCGCCGUCGGCUGCUCCUUGCACCUUCGCGACGAGGAAUUCGCCUUCAUCUACGCCCCAGGCACCCCCGAUAUCCACGGCGCGACAGUGGUGGACGCGGCACACGUGGUGCUGCGGCUACGACGACGCGCCUCACGCGCAUAUCUCGAGGCCGCGAAGCAGCAGGUGCAAGGGAUGGGCAAGGGGUGA